GCUCGCAGUUACAGUGCACGUGCGCACCGCGCCUCUAUCGUUCAUAGUGUUCCACGAGUGCUCUAUCAUGGUGAAGUUCGAAGGAGACUUUAGUAUAAACGCCAUAUUGAUGAAUCGAGAGGUGAGCAAGUCGCCGCCCUCGCCCACCGCCUCGGCCGCGUCCUCCGCGGGCGCCGCGAUCUCAGAGGCCGAGCUGAGCGAUUCGGAGCUGGACGUGACCGGCACCGAGCCCGUCGACUGCUCCAAGCCCAAGCCGGACGCCGCCGACAAGAAGCACGAGAAGCCCGCCUACAGCUACAACGCCCUCAUCAUGAUGGCCAUCCGCAACAGCCCCGAGAAGCGGCUCACGCUAAACGGCAUCUACGAGUACAUCAUGACUAACUUCCCCUACUAUAGGGAGAACCGACAGGGCUGGCAGAACUCAAUCAGGCACAACCUGAGCCUUAACAAGUGCUUCGUGAAGGUGCCGCGCCACUACGACGACCCCGGCAAGGGCAACUACUGGAUGCUGGACGCCUCCGCCGAAGACGUGUUCAUCGGCGGUACGACGGGCAAGCUGCGGCGCCGCUCCGCGCUGAACGGCCGCGCUCGGCUUGCCUGCUUCAAGCGGCCACUGUUCCCGGGCGCUGCGCUGCCGCCCGCCUACCCGCCCGCCGCUUACUCUCAGCUCGUCGGCCUCUACUCGCAGCUGCUCUACCAGAGGUAUGCGCCGGUGCAGAUGAAGGCGCCACCCGCCCUGCACCCCGCUCUCCGGGGCGCCGAUGCCCUCGGCUACUCGGCACUGCCUUACUCUCCCGCGCUGUACGCCCCAGAACGGCUCGCAGCGCCCUUCUUGCCACCUUCGCCGCCUGCGCUGCGCUCGCCACCCGCCUCGGGAGCCUCCAGCCCAGACCUGCCAGCCGCUCACCUCGCACACCCUGCACCCCACGGGCCCCACGGCCAUCACGCCCUGACGCCGCACAUCUACAAGCCGGUGCCGGUGUUGACGCGGCACUGACUGCGCUCGCGCCCUCACCUCCUAGAGGCCGGGACGCUCCCGACACUGCUCGGGAUAUCGAAUCUGUGAUUUAGUUUUAGUAGAGCCAGUCGGCACUUGGCACCCGCCACCCGGCAAAUGCCGCCCGGCACCCGGCGGUUUGCAAUAUUAGUGAAGUCGUUGUUCUCACCAUUCCUCUGUCGUUUCUCCUUGUAAAUUUUAUGUGUAAAUAUUUCCAAAGCGUAUAUUUAUUGACGUAUCUAGAUUAAGGUUAAUAAGAUU